AUGGAUCCUUCCAAUCUUACCACAGGUAUUCCUGAAGUACAACAGGAUAUACCCUAUCUUCGCUAUGUGCUGGUCACUGUCUUCUUUCUGCCGUGUGCCAUUUUAAUUUUUGUCGAAAACACCUUUGUCCUGUUGGCGUACAAGAGGGACAAACGGAUCCGGAGAAAUACAACCAACGCCUAUAUUCUCAACCUUGCUGUGGCUGACAUUCUUGUGAGUGUUGUCAUGGCAAUUUAUGUUCCAGUAUAUCUUACAGGCACUUGGAAGUUUGGCGGGGCGUUUUGUGUCGUCAUGUGGGUAUUGGACUACACAGCGACGGACAUGUCUGUAAUGACGAUCGUCGCCAUCAGCGUCGACAGGUACCUUAUGGUGCACAACUCUCUUCGGCAUCUAUCGAGACAAUCCCACAAGAAGGUAGCCAUCAUUUGCAGUAUCCUCUGGAUGACCUGUCUAUCUUCCCGUUCGACACUAGCCUUCACCUACUCCUCAAGGACAGGAUUCCUGCAUGAUGAGAACAGAAUUGGCGUGUGUGACAUUGGGUACGGAAAGAAUCUGGUCGUCCUCAUUAUAAUGUUCUUGAUCGAAUUCCUGGUUCCGGCUAUUUGCGUCUUCGUCCUCAAUCUCACAGUGUAUUUUCGUUUGAAGAGACGUACAAACAGGCUCCAAACCAGGCAAGGUCGAUACCACCUACCAUCAGCAGUUUCACUGGAUGAUAGAGCAUCUCAGACAACCUCCUGUGAAAACGAUGACAUGCGGAUUCAUAGAAGCGCAUCAGGUUCUCAACAUCAAAAAGCGGCAAGGUUCUUGGCAUUACUUCUGAGUGUCUUCGUACUAUGCUGGUUGCCCUUCUAUAUUAACGAGUGCUAUACGUAUUUCCGUUUCUCCGGUGUUCGUAAUGAAGCGCUAACCCAUCUAGUGUCAUUCGUUCUGUGGUUGAAUUCUGCCAUAAAUCCAUUCUUGUACGCUUUCACCAACGUCUUCUUCAAGGAGAAUUUUAAGCAGUUUUUGAGAUGCAAGGGAAGAUAG